AGCGAGCAAGCCUUCCAAGGAACAUGAUUGAAAAUAGCAUGUUUGAAGAAGAGCCUGACAUUGUGGAUCUGGCCAAAGACUCCACAUCAUAUCCGACAUUUCCGGCUCUUGACCCAGAGGAGGUGGCGUAUGAGCCUCGCAGCUCUCGGCUGCUGGUGCGAGGCCUAGGGGAGAAUGAUGUGGAUGACGAUGAGGAGGACUGUGAGUCUUCAGCUCGACUACUAGGAAUGUCCUUUAUGAAUCGCAGCUCUGCCCAGAGAACUCACUCCUCCCCUUACGUCAGACAGCUUCCACCCAGAUCGUGUUCGCUUCCUUCAGCCCGCACCACAAUUGUUUGUGUGUUAUUUCUGGUAAUAGUGGCCUCCAUGACUAUGGUAUUGUACUUUUUGCCUGGAUGCACCUUUACUAAGAUGGGUUGCCCAAAAUCAAAUAACAAGACGUCUACUAACGGCACUGAUAGCGAACUCUUCCCCUGGGCAGAGUUUCGGCUCCCUCGCAGCAUAAGUCCGCUCAGCUAUGACCUCACCUUGACCCCUGACUUCAACAACAUGGAUUUCACCGGCCACACUGUCAUCAACAUGUCUGUACAUCACAACACCAAGCGCAUUGUCCUGCACAGUGAAAAUCUCAACAUUACCAAAGCAACCUUCAGGCUUGGUAAUGGGGAGGCCAGUGAUGUUACUAUACUUGAGUACAAACCCAGACAGCAGAUAGCUGUUAAGUUCUCCAAAGAACUGAAAGCGGGCCAGAACUGUGUGUUGACUUUGGAUUACACUGCCGACCUGUCACACACCUACGAUGGUUUCUACAACAGUUCGUACACCGACCAAGAUGGAAACAAAAGGGUUCUCGCUGCUACCCAAUUUGAGCCACUUUAUGCUCGGAAGGCCUUCCCUUGCUUUGAUGAGCCAUCAUUCAAAGCCAUCUUUCAGGUUAAAAUCAACAGGAAACUUGAGUACAUGGCCCUCUCCAAUAUGCCGAAGGUGAAGACGACGUUGCUUGCCAAUGGCUUUAUGCAGGACGAAUUUGCAAUGACCACCGUCAAAAUGAGUACCUACUUGGUGGCCUUCAUCGUUGGUAACUUCACCCCCACCAGCAAGAACGUCUCUGACAUUUUAGUGUCCGUAUACAGUGUUCCAGAGAAGAGGGAUCACACUGACUACGCUCUAGCCACAGCAUCCAAACUACUAGAGUUUUAUAAUGACUUCUUUGAAAUAAACUAUCCUCUUCAGAAACUAGACCUGGUAGGCAUUCCAGACUUUUUGGCAGGAGCCAUGGAAAAUUGGGGUCUGAUCACUUUCAGAGAGACAACUCUGCUGGUGGGGACACAGUCCUCUCCCCUGGAAAAACAACUUGUGGCUUCGGUCAUCGCUCAUGAGCUGGCUCAUCAGUGGUUUGGAAACUUAGUCACAAUGAGCUGGUGGAGUGACCUUUGGCUAAACGAGGGCUUUGCCACUUACAUGCAGUACAUGUCCUUGCAGACAGUGCUGCCACAGCUGGACAUUGGCAACUUGUUCUUAGCAAUGAGGUUCCGUGCCAUGGACAAAGAUGCACUAAACUCCUCCCACGCCGUGUCCACUGAGGUCAACACACCAGAGCAGGUGCAAGAGAUGUUCGACUCAGUCUCCUAUGAGAAGGGAGCUGCCAUUCUUCUGAUGUUGAACGCUUCCUUGCCAGGUGAUCAGCAGUUCAGAAAGGGUAUCAUUCAGUAUCUGAAACAGUUCAGUGGAUUAAACACAGACACUGAUGACCUCUGGAACAGUCUUACAAAGGUGGACCUCUCGAAUCAGCACCCUAACGUGUCAGAGAUGAUGAAGUCAUGGACAUCUCAGAAAGGCUUCCCAUUGGUGACUUUGUCCCGCAAGGGGGAUCAGGUGACCUUAACACAGGAGCAUUUCUUGCUCACGUCAGACAACGCCUCACACUCCUCCAGCAUGUGGACUGUUCCGGUGACGUAUGUGACUGACAGCUGUAGUUUGGCUCCAGACUGCAGACAGUUAUUUACUCUGAGUGCCAAGUCAGGGACUCUUAAGGUGCCAGAAAGUGUGAAGUGGCUGAAGCUAAACUACAGGAACACAGGCUUCUAUAUUGUUGACUAUGGACACGACGGUUGGGGUGCUCUGAUAGACGCCAUGUCUAUAAAUGCCAAAGUUCUCACACAAGAGGACCGCGCCUCGCUAAUACACAACAUCUUUUCUCUCUCUAAACUGGGACGUGUGUCCUUUCGCCAGGUCCUCAGCCUUCUCAACUACAUGUCUAAUGAAACUGAGACGACUCCUGUACGAGAGGCCUUGCUGCAGCUCAACAAUAUUUAUCAUCAGCUCAACAAACGAUACGAACAAGGCCUUGUCACCCGCAUGAAGUCGUUUAUUCUGAAUCUCUUUGGCGUGCUGACAGCGGAGCAAACAUGGACCAAGGCGGAUAGUGUGUCCACCCAGGAAUUGCGCUCAGCCCUCUUGGAGACAGCAUGCUAUCUUGAGGAAAACAAUUGCACACAGCAAGCCAAAGCCUUGUUUAGGCACUAUAUUGACUCAAACGGAACGUUCCAGAUCCCAGGCGAUUUGCAGAGAGUUGUAUUCAGCGUGGCAGCUCAGUCCACUGACGACUGGGGGACUCUGCUCACCAUGUAUCAAUAUGCCACUUACGACUCGGAGAAGCAGAACAUGCUACAGGGAUUAGCAUCCACUCGGCACUCACCCACUAUUGUGUGGCUUCUCAGUGCAGGUUUGAAUGGCAACAUCAUUCCGACACAAGACCUUCCUUCAGUCAUCAGCACUGUCUGCAGAAGCUUUACUGGCAACUUGUUUGCUUGGGAUUUCAUCCAAGAGAACUGGAACCAACUCAUAGAAAAGUUUCCAAUGGGUUCCUUUGCCAUCCAAAGAAUAAUCAAGGCCGCAACCUCUCAGUUGUCCACACAGUCGCAUUUUAAUCAGGUGCAGAGUUUCUUCUCCAGCCUGAGGGAACGCGGCUCUCAGUUGCGGAGCGUGCAGGAAGCGCUGGAAACCAUCCAACUGAACCAGCGCUGGAUGGAGAGAAACCUCCCUUCGCUUGAUAAAUGGCUGUAAAGCUGGCACUCCUUUCUUAACCUGGGCUUCUGGGUUACGUUUGUCAAGACACCUGCUAAGUUUGCACUAUUGUCUCCCAGCGCUGUUUCACCAGCUCCGAGUACAAUUCUGGACCGGGCGAUCCCCUCAUGUGUUGCUCCUGUGAGACGUUAACUGGCUCAGGACGGCUCUGAUUGUAUCUGACAGCGUGAUGUCAGACCCAAACACUCCUCUCACUUAAAGCUGUCGACCAAAACUUCUAUCAGACAAUCACACGAUCCACUUUACACACUCCCAUAAUUUUUUUUCCCAGAAACUCCGUAAGCUGGUCAAGCUCUUCUUCUAAAAAGAUGAAGAAUGACAAAUGGACAGUAUUUUUCUGCCCAUAAAGUCUGGACAGUCUCUCUGCUUUAGUACAGUGCAUCCAGAAAGUAUUACCAGCGCUUCACUUUUUUUUACAUUUUUUCCGCAUUUUGUUAAAGGCCUACUGAAAUUAGAUUUUCUUAUUUAAACGGGGAUAGCAGGUCGAUUCUAUGUGUCAUACUUGAUCAUUUCGCGAUAUUGCCAAUUUUUUGCUGAAAGGAUUUAGUAGAGAACAUCGACGAAAAAGUUCGCAACUUUUGGUCACUAAUAAAAAAGCCUUGCCUUUACCGGAAAUAUGUGCGCGUGACGUCACCGGUGUGAGGGCUCCUCACAUCCUCACAUUGUUUAUAAUGUGAGCCACCAGCAGUAAAAGCAAUUCGGACCGAGAAAGCGACAAUUUCCCCAUUUUUGAGUGAGGAUGAAAGAUUUGUGGAUGAGGAUAUUGAUAGUGAAGGACUAGAAAAUAGAUAAAUAAAUAAAAUUAAAUAAAAAGCGACGGCUCCGGGCGGCGGCAGUGUGAACGUUUCAGAUGUAAUUACACACAUUUACUAGGAUAAUUCUGGACAAUCCCUUAUCUGCUUAUUGUUUUAAUAGUGUUUUAGUGAGAUUGUAAAGACAUACCUCAAAGUCGGAUGGCUGCGGUGAACACGCCGGUGUCUCAGAGAGAAGCCGAGGAGCUAAGCCCACAGCUGCCUUUUUUGAGAGCUACUGCACGAGGACGCAUAAUCCACUGAUGUCUCCGGUAAGAUAUACCGUAUUUCCUUGAAUUGUUGCAGGGCAUAUAGUAUGCACCUGCCUUGAAUUACUGCCGGGUCAAACUCGCUUCCCAAAAUAAUUAGCGCAUGCUUACUAUUACCGCCUGGUCCAACUCGUGACGUCACGUGUGACACUUCCCCUGUCCUCAUUUUCAAAAUGGAGGAGGCUGAUUUCAAUACCGGUAAUUUGAAAUCGCAUAAAGGGAAGAAGAUUAAGAGCUAUUCAGUAGGAUUUAAGCUCCAAGCUUGCAUCACACUGAAAUUUUGGUAAGUGCCGGAAUAAGAAGAGGUUUUAAAAUAAUUAGCGCAUGCUUACUUUUACCGCAUGCCUUUGGUAAGCGCAGGGGUGAGAAGAGGUUUUAAAUUAAUUAGCGCCCCGGCGCCAAUUCAAGUACAUACGUUAUAUCACAAUUUUCCCAUCCAAAAACAUGCUGGUUGACGUAGAGAAACAUGUUCGCUUGACCGCUCUGUGUUAAAGCUUCACAACGGUGUGGCGCAGUGGGAGAGUGGCCGUGCGGAACCCGAGGGUCCCUGGUUCAAAUCCCACCUAGUACCAACCUCGUCACGUCCGUUGUGUCCUGAGCAAGACACUUCACCCUUGCUCCUAAUGGGUGCUGGUUAGCGCCUUGCAUGGCAGCUCCCUCGAUCAGUGUAUGAAUGUGUGUGUGAAUGGGUAAAUGUGGAAGUAGUGUCAAAGCGCUUUGAGUACCUUGAAGGUAGAAAAGCGCUAUACAAGUACAACCCAUUUAUUAUUAUAUCAUAUAACAAACAAAGAAACACCGGCUGUGUCUCGGUGCUAUAGACAGCUGCAAUACACCGCUUUCCACCAACAGCAUUGUUCUUUAUAGUCUCCAUUAUUAAUUGAACAAAUUGCAAAAGAUUCAGCAACACAGAUGUCCAAAUUACUGUGUAAUUAUGCAAUGAAAAGACACUACUUUUAGUCGUAAGUGGUGCUGAGCUAGUAUGUCCCCUCCAACCAAUAACGUCACAAAAACACGUCAUCCUACGCGUCAUCAUUCCGCGACGUUUUCAACAAGAAACUAUGCGGGAAAUUUAAAAUUGUAAUUUAGUAAACUAAAAAGGCCGUAUUGGCAUGUGUUGCAAUGUUAAGAUUUCAUCAUUGAUAUAUAAACUAUCAGACCGCGUGGUCGGUAGUAGUGGGUUUCAUUAGGCCUUUAAAGUAGCCAUAUGUAGUAAUGUGGCCAGAAAUGGUGCUGCAAUCACGGUCAAAAUUCUGUAGUCCCCUCCCACUCUCCGUGACUUGAGGUUCCAAAUCCUACUCCAAGGAACUUCAAAUGACAAUGGACGAGUGCAAGAUGGUUUACUAAGUAAUCAUGCCUCGUUUUACUGAUGUCCAUCCAUCCAUUUCCUACCGCUUGUCCUUUUCGGGGGCGCGGUCAGUGCUGGAGCUUAUCUCAUUUGCAUUUGGGCGGCAGGUGGUGUACAGGUAUAGCUCGGUUGGUUGAGCGGCCGUGCCAGCAACUUGAGGGUUGCAGGUUGGAUCCCCGCUUACACCAUCCUAGACACUGCCGUUGUGUCCUUGGGCAAGACACCUUUCCCACCUGCUCCCAGUGCCACCCACACUGGUUUAAAUGUAACGUAGAUAUUGGGUUUCACUAUGUAAAGCGCUUUGAGUCACUAGAGAAAAAGCGCUAUAUAAAUAAAAUUCACUUCACUUCACACCCUGGACAGGUCGCCAUUUCAUCACAAGGCCAAUGCAGAUAGACGGACAACAUUCACACUCACAUUCACACACUAGGGCUAAUUUAGUGUUGCCAAUCAACUGAACCCCAGGUGCAUGUUUUUGGAGGUGGGUGGAAGCCGGAGUACCCGGAGGGGAUCCGCGUCGAUUAGCCAAAGUUAUGCAGCAAUUUUUUAGUCGGGACAGUUUGUUGCCAGUACCCUGCUAAAAUGUCUAGUUUGACCGCAUGUAUCACCAUCGAAAUAUAUUCUAUGAGCCAACUCACAUUAGGCAUAAAUCAUAUAGCCUACUAGGGCUGCAAAUAACUAUUUUGAUAAUUGAUUAAUCUGUCCAUUAUUGCUUUGAUAAAUCGAUUAAUAAUCGGAUAAAAGCGACAAACUACAUUUCUAUCCUUUCCAGGAUUUUAUUGAAAAAAAAACAGCAAACUGGCACCAUGGUGUUUCAACUUGCCAAAUAAAACAAGGCAAAUGUUAAAAAAAAAAUAUUUUAAUAAAGUGCACCAUUGUCAUGCACAAUAGCAAUAAUUUCCCUUGGGGGAAUUUCAAAACUGGCUACUACCUAUUCCAAGCAUUCUGCAAUGUUGGAGAUCUGAAUGUCCUUCCUUUAGUGCAGGGGUCGGGAACCUUUUUGGCUCAGAGAGCCAUGAAAGCCAAAUAUUUUAAAACGUAUUUCCGUGAGAGCCAUAUCAUAUUUUUUAACACUGAAUACAACUAAAGGCGUGCAUUUUUUUAAGUAAGACUAACAUUUUUAGACUAUAGUAAGUCUCUAAUUAUUUUUAAUAACAUUAUUUCUUGAACAGGUGCGGUACAAAACGGAUGGAUGGAUUAGAACGCAUGAGAAUGUUUUAUAUUUUGAAAGUUAUUUUUAACAUUGUGAUUACCAGCGGAAUUAUUUAUUACUUAUCGUGUUAAGCAAUGUCAGCCAAGAUUUAUCUGAGAGGCAGAUGCAGUCAUCAAAAGAGCCACAUCUGGCUCUAGAGCAGGGGUGUCUAACUCAAAUACAGAGUGGGCCAAAAUUAAAAACUGAACAAAGCCGCGGGCCAAGGUUGAACAAAUUAACCUUUUAAUAGAGACCCAAACAAGUUUUGCAUUGAAUGUUAAACAAGCAAUGCUUAUGUAGCUUUAUAGUCACAUACAAAAUCGAGUUUCAAAUUAUAAUAUUGAGUAAAAAAUAUCAAUGGCAUAUCAAAUAAAAUGUAGAUAAAAAUUGGUGGAGCGGGGUUUGGUGGUAACAGGGGUGUAUAUUGUAGCGUCCCGGAAGAGUUAGUGCUGCAAGGGGGUUUGGGUAUUUCUUCUGUUGAGUUUAUGUUGUGCUACAGUGUGGAUAUUCUCCCGAAAUGUGUUUGUCAUUCUUGUUUGGUGUGGCUUCACAGUGUGGCGCAUAUUUGUAACAGUAUAAAGUUGUUUAUACGGCCACCCUCAUUGUGACCCUUAUGGCUGUUGAUUAAGUAUGCCUUGCAUUCACUUGUGUGUGUUAAAGCAGCAUAUAUUAUGUGACUGGACCGGCACGUUGUUUGUAUGGCGGAAAAGCGGACGUGACGACAGGCUGUAGAGGAGACUAAAGGCAGUGCUUUCAAGGCACGCCCCCAAUAUUGUUGUCCGGGUGGAAAUCGGGAGAAAUUCGGAAGAAUGGUUUCCCCGGAAGAUUUUCAGGAGGGGCACUGAACUUUGGGAGUCUCCCGGGAAAAUCGUGAGGGUUGGCAAGUACAAGUAUCAGCGGUGAAUGCAGUGUUACAGAGGCAUCGCCGCUGUAUAAUACCGGCGGGCCAGCUCUAAUCUUAAUUUGAUAUUACCUCAAGGGCCAAAUGAAAUCACACGGGGGCCAGAGUUUGACACCCAUGCUCUAGAGCCAUAGGUUAUCUACCCCUGCUCUAGUGGCAUGGUCGUAAGGCAGAUUGACUUCAUGUUCCAUUUGUCUCCAAUGUAAUGGCAUGUAUUGCCAAGGUGGUUACACUUGUCCACACAUCAUUAGUGAGAGCAAGUUUGCUCUGGGUGGCUUUUAUGUCAGGCUACACUUAUUGGAAUGUCUGCUCGUACUUCCUCUCCAUCAGUUUGGUAAAAUGGGUCCGCAAGGCUAGAGUGUAACCAGGGUUGAGGACGUGAAUCAUUUGUCCAAAACAUUCAUCCUCCACCAUUGAUGGUGGCCUCAUGUCAGUUAGCAACAUAUUCAGGAUAGCAUCAGUCAAUGCAGCCGCCUGGUGUGGUGUGCGGACCUUCCUUCGUACCAAGUCGCUAAUGCUGGCUUGUUUCUUUCUGAUAUGGGAGAAACCAUAUAAUGAACGUACAUAGUAGCUUUUAAAUAGACUCCCUUUUUAGACCAGUUGAUCUGCUGUUUCUUUUCUUUUUCUUCUAUGUCCCACUCUCCCUUGUGGAGGGGGUCCGGUCCGAUCCAGUGGCCAUGUACUGCUCGCCUGUGUAUCGGCUGGGGACAUCUCUGCGCUGCUGAUCCGCCUCCGCUUGGGAUGGUUUCCUGCUGGCUCCGCUGUGAACGGGACUCUCGCUGCUGUGUUGGAUCCGCUUUGGACUGGACUCUCGCGACUGUGUUGGAUCCAUUAUGGAUUGAACUUUCACAGUAUCAUGUUGAACUUUCACAGUAUCAUGUUGGACCCGCUCGACAUCCAUUGCUUUCCUCCUCUCCAAGGUUCUCAUAGUCAUCAUUGUCACCGAUGUCCCACUGGGUGUGAGUUUUCCUUGCCCUUAUGUGGGCCUACCGAGGAUGUCGUAGUGGUUUGUGCAGCCCUUUGAGACACUAGUGAUUUAGGGCUAUAUAAGUAAACAUUGAUUGAUUGAUUUACACCUAACUUAAUACAUACCUAGUUGAUUUAUUUAAACAUUUCUGACGUAAAAGGCAAAUACAGCACCACAUUAAAAAAAGCUAAAUUAAAUAAAUUGACAUUGGGGAUGCAGCAUACACCAAUAAUAACACAGAAAUGUAACUCAUCAGAUCAAAACUGGAUCAGAUAAUGUAGACAUUUCUGUUGUGAAUAAUAAAGGAUUAAUUUUAGGCUGCCUCUGAAUAAUAGCAUGAAAUAUUCCAGAACCUUCAUAACGUUUAGUUAUAUAAAGUGUCACUCAAAUCUUAUAUAGCUUCAUUGGGCCCGGCUUCAUUGAUCCAUUAUUAAACCAACCUGAGAUAUUUCUGUAAAGUUUAUUUCGAAAUUGGUAACUGUGCGUUUUCGCUCUCAAAACGGAGUCAAAUGUGCCAGAGACACAUUAUCAGCCCCGCGUUUUAACAAAAACAUAAACUUAACGUUAGUCACAAAAAAGCUGAACUCAUGAAUGCCUGUUGCGACUCAAAACAACACAGAAAAUGAAGACGUUGCACUCUCCAAAAACAUAUCGAACACUCUGAAAGUGAAUACUCAACAGUUGAUGUUGCGCUUCCUUUAUAAAAGUCUCCUCGUUAACAAAAUAUUAAAAACAUUCAAAGACGGUCACAACGGAUGAAUUUAUCCGGACUCUGGACUUAAAAUUACGUACCGUGAGUUUCUUUCAUCCAUGGCUCCAACAUGUCUCCUCUUCAGGUGCUCCCGAAGUAAUGUUGUCCUUCCGUGCCAUGCGAGGUCCACGCUGCACAUUUUGCAGGAAACGAUCUUCUUUGAAGUCUUUAAAGUAAAGUGUUCCCACACGUUUGACGACUUAGGUCGUACACUUUACUCCAUUGAAGCAUUAACCUGAAGAUGUUUCUCCGUUGAACUAUCCGUACUGCUUUCCUCCGCCAUUUUUCGAUUUUUUUCAAGGCAAAGGAUACGGCGUGGUCACGUAAACUGCACAUGACACAUCAUUGGCUGGCUUGCUGACACCUCAUGAGACGUAGCCGCAGCGCAUGCGCAUAGCAUAGAUCCAACGAAUCGAUGACUAAAUUAAUCGCCAACUAUUUCUAUAAUCGAUUUUAAUCGAUUACUUGUUGCAGCCCUUUAGCCUACUACCAUGUAAAUUAGAUUACAUUAGAUUAGAUGGUACUUUAUUUAUUCCUUCAGGAAAAUUACAAUUUUCAGCACAAUCCCAUUCAAGAUCAGACAAACAUUACAGGGAGACAGAACAGGAUCGCUGACUGGUCUGCGCCCCUUACAAAAAAGGUGAGAUACUGGUGGGGAAGGGGAGAAAAAAAUUGAAGAUUAAAAUAAAAUAAAAAAAUCGGUCUAAGCCUGGGCCCUGGAAAGGGGGUCCAGACUGAGGCAAAGGGAGAGAAAAAAACAACUCAUAGCCAUAGUACACAUCCCUCUUACAUGUGUGAGAGGGAAACAUCAAAGAACACAAAGGACAUGAAAGACAUUAAAGCAGCGGUGCUGAUGCAACCAGACACUUUUACAUACAGCAAUGAAUAAAAAGUAAAACAAACAUAUACACUGUGGUGGCCUCUGCGGUGUUCCACGCCAUCGUGUAAAUAAACGAAGCAGAAAAUUAUUACAUGUAAUACAUUAUAUGCUGCCAAGCAAAUACCACCACUCAUGUGCUUGAUGCACAUACUGUAAGUAUCAGAAACUGCAAAUAGCCGUGCUAAUAUUGGAACCCAUUUCCUCAGCAUAUCAGCAUAUUGACAAUGAAAUAGGCACUGACACUUCCCUUAUCCAUUGCCAUUGAUGAGUAAAAUUUUAAGGACAACAAUUAAUAUAUUCCAUUUUGGAAUAAGGCUUUAACGUAACAAAAUGUGGAAAAAGUGAGGCGUUUUGAAUACUUUCCUGAAUGCACCGUAUAUUGACUCUGCUGUCAAGGACACCUUACAGAUCGGUCAUCAUAUCAGUACAGAAUGAAGAGCAGCCUGUAAUCAUGCUUUCUGCAUAUUACUGCAUCAUGUUGACACUUUGUUGAAGGUACAGGAAGGGGGAAAAAACACCCUUCCCACUGUGAACAGCAGAUGGCACAGUCCACUACUGUUCUGAUGUUAAAGCCACCAGGGUGUCUUAAAUGAAGCACUGGAUACACAUUGACUUCAUUUUUUUUUUUUUUCAUUUCUGUCCAGAUCCUUGUUAGUAAUCUAAAGAGCAGCGAUCACAAAGUGUAUUCUUGUAAAUGUGCUUUUAGUUCAAAUGUAAAUACAUUAAAUUCCCCACGACAGACUUCAGUCAUGGACGUGCUAUUGUAUCUGAACAGUUUUCAAUGUUGCUCAACCAGAUUUUAGCCCCGUGUACAUAGAUCGGGAGGAGAGGUAUUUACUCCGAGAAUUUAAUCAAGACUCUUGUCCUUUGCCUUUGUUGGAUGCACACCACUGCUGGGAGGUCACUCUCUGGGUGAUUGUUCAUGUUUGUCUAAGGGCUAAUUCUGUUUACGUGGAGUAUUCCUGAUACAAAGGUUUUAAAGUUACUCCAGCCUAUGUAUUAUCUUUACUUCAACCCCCUUAAUGUGUUUAGUAACAGAGAUUUCUUCACAGUAUCUUCUCACAUUUUGCUAGGCGUCAGAAAGUUUGUUUGGAAAAAAAAAAAAAAAGUUCUGGUGUAAGUUAUUUUUUAUUGUGUAAACAAAACCAAUUUGUGUGACAAUUCAGCGAUAACAUCAUGAGGCGUAACCUACAAGCGCUGGUUCAGUUCAAGUAUGCUGAAGAUAGUCACACGGGAUCCUCAGCACAUAAUGUGUACGUGUUUCUGCUGUACUCAGUUGUGCAGCAUUUGAAAUAUAAAGUACUUGUGGAAAUUGAGCAAACAUGCAGAAUUUGUGGCUGUUUUUUGUUUUGUUUUUUUAUUGUGAUUGCAUUUAUAUAAUAAAUUAUUUCUUGAGGGAGCGACA